GUGGGUGCGUCGCUGAGCUUCAUCAACUUUGUCGGUCUGUCUCCCCUCGGUUCAGCCCGGCGCUGCUAGGUGGAUUAUUAACUGUAGGUUCCGCCGACAGAAACAAGAAGGACGCGGACACGAACUUUCUCACGCUGUACGCAGGUGGUGAUCCUACAACGGCAGCAUGCAGCGGAUUGAGGCACAAAAAGGAGUUUCUCCCAAAAGCCAGCUUUUCAACUCCCUGGAGGUGUAUCUGAACAACAAGAGCAGACUGCAACCCAUUAUUGGCCUGGGCAGUAUUAUAGAAUGUGUGAAGGCGGGUACACACAGCCGAGAAGCAUUGUACCUAUGUGAGGUCUGUGCGUGUCGACUUAGUAGAGCUGACAUACGGAACCACAUUAUGGGAAGUCUCCACAGAUACAGCUACAUUAAAGCCUGGCACCCCCAUUUAGUGCCUGAAAGUAAGGAAAACUCUGACCUAUCGAAGUUGGCCUGGCCGCUGAUGGAGUUAGCCAAGAUGCUCGAGGGAAAAGAGGGACCGGGAGAUGUGCAGUUGUUUGAGGUUGAAGAUGCUGUCUACCAGAGGAUGGCUACAUGCAGAGAGAAUGAUGCAGUAGCACUGAUAAAUGUCUUAAGACAAGGCCGUUCAGAGACAGAGUCUGUGCAGCUGGAACACUGUCCCAUCCAGUCGCACAGGAUUGUGUUGCUUGCUCAGAACGAACGGAGACGGUCAGAGAAAUCCUUCAAGGCCUCAGCAGAGACAAACAAGGCUCCAUCUCGCAUACAGUCAACUGCGUCUCCUUCCAUCAAGUCAGCAGGCUGGUUUAACAGCACAUGUUCGUCACUGUUGGACAGUACUCAGACGUGCUUUCUUGAUGGCUACACAGGAACCAGGCCUCUUAUUGGUCUUUUCUGCGUGGUUGAGUGUAGAAGUGAAGAAGGCCACACGUACUGUUUCUUAUGUCACUGCUGCCGCAUCAGAUGCAACAAAAAGAACAUCAUUGAUCACCUAACCAGCUCCUCCCAUCUCGUGAACUACUUGAUGGAAACUCAUCCUGAGCAGAUGGAGGCAUUGAUGACAAUUAAAGACAACUGUCAGCUCCUCCAAUCACUGGCCAAGAAAGUGGAGCAAGACGAGGGCAGAGGAGAGCUGAAGGUGGUAAACGCACCAGAAUCACUCUGUAUCCUACUGACCAGCAAAAGUUACCACUGGUGUAUAAAGAUGCUGUGUAAUGGAUCAACACAUACAACCAUCCAAAAGAGCAAAAUACCUGUCAAAGGGCCAAGCGUGAACGAGACUUCAAAUCAAGGCAUGCCAGGAAAGUGUGCCACUGAGUGGCCAAACAGGAUGCCAACAAAGAGGAAGAUGAGGAAAGGGAGGAAUACUGUGUUCAAGGUAAGCCUGCCUGUUACCAAACGCUCAGUGCUGCUGGAGAGGACGUCUUUCAGCGUGAACGGCCUCCCUGUGUCAUUUGGACACUCGCCUCAAACCGACUCCCAUCGCAGUCCCUCGCCCUGUGAGGUGGACUGUGACACUGGAUCAUUUUCAGCUAACCACGCGGAACACGCCUCAGUGCAUACAACAACACAGCUUCAGCAGGACCCCUACACUGGAGAUGCAGUUACUGGUCAAUGCUUGGGACCAGAAGGAAACUUUGUCAGUCAUUAUCAAGAGGUGGAUGGUUGUUUCAGUGACAGUGUGAACUUCAACAAGACUAAAUACCUAACUGGGACAAAAGACCUCAGGUUUUAUGGGGAAAAGAGUUACAGCAGAGAGCACGGUUCUCAGGAAAGAUCAAGGAAGAUGAUUUACAGAGACUGGCAAAAUGAAGGCCAACAGAGACAAAAUGAGUGGCUGCCACCUGCUGUGUCCCACACUCAAGACUGGUCUUUUUACAACUCUUCCUAUAAACGUGUGGUGGGUUGCACUGAGCAACCUAUAUGAUGCAAGCUAUGCCUCACCAAGCCAUCUAAGUAAGCAGUGGGGUGAUGUCUAACCUCAGCUACAAUAUCUGACUAUGACAAAACCUAAUUAAUUAUUUCCUCGUCCCUCUGUGUUAUGGAGCCCACACUGGUUUCGAUUUCAGAGCUGCUAGUUUGUCAUGUUUGAUGAAGUUAAGUUUAGAAGGAACAACUCCAUUUACACUUGCAUAUCCCAAUUCUAAUUCUGCUUUGUACCCUUUGACUUUGAGUUUCAGUAUUAUUUUAUAUUUUUCAAUGUACUCAGUACUCAACACCAACAGUUUCUUUUGGACAACUAUGUUAUGUACAAGCUGUGCCUGAAUAACUCCAAAGAAGAUGCUUCAAUAUGCCUUAUGAGGAGGUUUUCUGUACUUUUGAGGGUGAAAAAGCACUGCUGAGGUUACUUAUGGUUAUGUUUAUGAUUAUUAUGAUUUUGACCCUGAUUUUGUGCACCGCUGAAGAUUGUAUGUUUAUGCUGUAUAAUAGAAUGAUAUGAGAUCAAAUAUUGGUGCCAUUUGGAGUUCAAACAUAAAUCUUACACUGUAUAAUGUUCUUUUGUUUGGAGUAUUGGAUUUUUGGUUUCAGUGCAAAAUGACAUUGUAAGGUUCCUUUAAUUUAGGUCACUUGCUGAAAGUAGUAGAGUACAUUUACUCAAGUACUGUUCUUUACUUGUACUAACAUCAUCUGCCAGCUCCAUAAUUUAACACAGUCAAAGGCGCCUGUUUGCAUACAUGCAUACUUUUAAUAAUACUUCAACAGCCAGCAAUCAUUAUGAGGUCAACUUAACAGCAUUAACUUUGAACAUGAACCCACUGAAGCAUCACUCUGCCAGGAUCUAUUGUGUUGCAAUAAAUGAUCUGGGAAAUGAUGCGAGUUUAAUAAUAUUAAGAUAGGUCACAUAUUAAUGUGUGUUGUAUGUGAAAGUUAGCAGCUGAUGCACAAUAAAGGAGCUCUGUAAACGUC